GAUCGAAUUGUGACAGCGUUUAUAGCCCUUGACAAGCCACAUCACUAGAGGCUUUAGAGCAAAAUAUUAUGGGAGCUUCAAGAGAGUUGUAAAAAUAUUUGGGAAAUGGGGAAAUAGCAAAGUGAGCGCUCUUUUGCUGAAGUGGCUCGAUCAUCAUCGACAUCACUAAAAUCGUCUGGCCGCCGUGGUUUGCCAUGAGCCGUGCUGCCGGCUUUUUGUUUACUGUCAACUGAAGCGCAUUUGUGGCUCACAUUUCAAGCAUGCAAGCUGACUCAAGUGCACAGACUGCGAAAUAGCUAAAAUACAACUGUGUAGGCAACGAUCACCAGCGAUGGCAACGGUGGAAGUGCAGGUAUCGCGCUACAUCGACAAUGUUUUGCAAAAUGAUACGCUGGAGGAGGUGUUCAACUGCUUCAUUAUCCACUCUCAAGAAAUGCAAGAAUUUAAGGAGAGGACAUACCAGGAGGACAUCAAGACCCUGUUUUCUGGUAUCGCACAGGAAUCACUAGAUGCUGCACUGAAGCAGUAUGUUGCAGUGGUUUCCAGUUUGAGCAAUCACCGCCAGAUGCAGACCUUGUUGUCUCUUCUCCACCAUGCAGUCAAUGCUGGUGUUGUUCAGCCAAAACCUGUGUGUGAUGCACUUUUGGCUACUGACAAAUUUCACUACACGGCUGAGGAGUAUUGGUGCCAGUCAUUGUGCCUCAUUCAGAAAAUUGUGGCUGGAAUUGACUAUAAGGGUGUUCGUGACCUCUUGAAGGCAAUAUUCGACAAGGCACUUUCAAUUCCUCCUACGGUAAACAUAUCCAUGAUGAGGCAACUAAACACAAUCAGCAGUGUAUUGGAGCACAUUUUUGACCGCAACGCUGCUCUCCUGCCGAGUUACCUUAUCUUUGAUGACGUCCAGAAGCGAUUGGCUUCCAAGACAAACUGGCCACACUGGAAAUUUGCCAAACUUGUCUCUGACUUUGUGGACAGCUUCCAGCCCUGUGCCCAAAUGGUGACCAUUGUAGGUCGUUCCAAGCUUCGGCCAGUUGUCGGCCAUUCAGGAACCUGCUGCACCGUCUGGAAGCUCGACCCCAACACAGCCAAGUUUACAAUGAAAGGGCAGCUACCCUACAGUGCGGAAGUUCAGCAGCCCCAGACAGAGCUCCUCAGAUACGUGCUGGAACAGCCAUAUUCGAGGGAGAUGGUGUGCAGCAUGUUGGGUCUCACAAAGCAGCAGAAGCAGCGCUGCCCAGUGCUGGAGCAAGAACUGGUGGCCCUUGUUGUCCGAGCCAUGGAGAAGUCAGAGCAGGAAGGUCCGGAGGAGCCCAUUGAGCUCUUCUGGCAGAACCUGUCCAGCCAGCUCAUCUACUUCGUGCUCUUUCAGUACGCCAACUUCCCGCACAUGGUGCUGGCAUUGCAUGACCAGCUGGUCGGCAGGAACCUGCGCAAGGGUAGAGACCAUCUGAUGUGGGUUCUGCUGCAGUUCAUCUCUGGAAGCAUCACCAAGAACCCGCUAAAUGACUUCCUGCCAGUAAUGAAGCUGUAUGACCUGCUGUACCCGGAGAAGGAACCACUGCCAUUCCCAGACGUAACCAAGCCGCACUGCACUCGGGCUCUGGCCAUCACGUCCAUCUGGGUGCACUUGACCCGCAAGGCCCAGUUGGAGAAAGUGCGGCUUCAGAGGCCCCUGCCACAUGCCUUGUCCAAUCACCUCGAGUACCUGCAACAACCCUUUGUGUCAAAUACGACUCUCAGCUUUGGAAAUGAUUACUGGAUCUCGCUUCUCUGCAAUGCAUACAGCACGAAUCAGGAGUACUUUAUACGCCCCAUGGGCGUCCUGGCCGAGGCCAUCCAAUGUAGCCAACGCAACCAGGGCUCCAUGUCGUCAUCAAAUUCCAACACGCCUAACCCGACACACCCGCUGGGCAUGAAUGUGCUCGAUUCACUAACAGUUCACACCAAAAUGAGCCUUAUCCACAAUGUGGUGACUCACGUGAUGAAGAUCUCACAAGCAAAGUCAACAGUCUCCCUUGCGCCAGCACUCAUAGAAACCUACAGUCGUCUGCUGGUGUACAGCGAGAUCGAAUCGCUUGGGAUCAAGGGCUUCAUCAAUCACCUGCUGCCGACGGUGUUCCGUCAGCAGGCGUGGGGCAUCCUGCACACGCUACUGGAGAUGUUCAGCUACCGGCUGCACCACAUCCAGCCCCACUACCGCGUCCAGCUGCUGUCGCACCUGCACAGCCUGGCUGCCGUGCCACAGACCAAUCAGACUCAGCUGCACCUCUGUGUCGAGAGCACUGCCCUCAAGCUGAUCACCGGGCUUGGCAGCGCGGAGGUCCAGCCCCAGCUGUCUCGCUUCCAGACUGAGCCCAAGUCACUGCUCUCCUCCGAGUCGGAGGAACUGAACAAAGCACUCAUUCUGACACUUGCCAGGGCAAUACAUAUCACUGGGUCCGAGUCUUUGUCCAUGGUGUGGUGCAAGGAGCUUUUAACAACAGCGAUGCAGCACACGCCGCACAGCUGGUCGAGCCUGACGCUGCUUAGCUUCCCCCAGAGCCUGGCCGAGUUCUUCCAGCAGCACCAAGCACAGCGGGAGAACAAGGCCCAGCUCAAGCGCUCUGUUGAGGAGGAGUACCGCAAGUGGAAGACGAUGAGCAAUGAGAACGACAUCAUUGCUCACUUUUCUCAGCAGGGGACGCCACAUCUAUUCCUGUGCCUUCUGUGGAAGAUGUUGCUGGAAAAUGACCGCAUCAGCCCCCUGGCUUACAAAAUUUUGGACAGGAUUGGCGCUCGUGCCCUAUCCUCACAUCUGAGAACAUUUGCAGACUUUCUGGUGUUUGAAGUGUCCAAUUCAGUUGGAGGGCAGCACGUUAACAAGUGCAUUGAUGCCCUCAAUGACCUGAUUUGGAAGUACCAUGUCAUCUCACUGGACAGACUAAUCCUUUGCCUGGCGCUUCGUAGCUUUGAAGGCAACGAAAUCCAGGUGUGCUUUUUCAUCAUACAAAUGCUGCUAAUCCGGCCAUCAGAGUUCAAGAACCGAAUUCUGGAUUUUGUCAAGGAUAAUUCCCCGGAACAUUGGAGGCAGACAGACUGGCAUGAGAAGCACUUGGCAUUUCACAGGAAAUACCCAGAGAAGUUCUACUUCGAGGGCCUGCAGGACCUGAGUGGACAGAGCCAACAGCACACCUACCUGCCCGUCUACUUUGGCAACAUCUGUCUACGUUUCAUUCCGGUGAUGGACAUUGUCAUCCACCGUUUCCUAGAGCUGUACCCUGUGGCCACACUCUCGGUCGAGUCUGUUCUUGACCACCUGGGCUGUUUGUACAAGUUUCAUGACCGGCCAUUGACGUACCUGUACAACACUCUCCACUACUACGAACAGAAAUUGAAGGACAGGCCUCCCCUGAAGAAGAAACUGGUGUCUGCCAUCACUGGGUCACUCAAAGACAUCCGUUCAGGUAAUUGGGCUCUGAGCGAAGCUUACCUCAGCUACCUGCAGCGCCCAGCAGAGGACACUUCCUGGAUACCGGACCUUGAUUAUUAUAUCGGUCUUGUGGGGAGAAUGGCUGACACUGUUGCUGGAAAGUCUCCCUUUCCGCACACAGACUGGCGCUUCAAUGAGUUUCCCAACCCGGCUGCCCAUGCCUUGCACGUGACUUGCAUUGAGCUCAUGGCAUUGCCAAUCUCCGCAGCUGUGGUUGGAAAUGCCUUGCUGGAUGUUGUGCUUAAAGGGCACACGGUACUGCCACGCAACAGCAUUGAGAACUGGAUGAAUGCCAUUGGGCUGAUCCUGACUGCACUUCCUGAGCUGUACUGGACCGUGCUCAAUGACCGCAUCCUGGCAGCUCUGCAAGGGCCCCAUUUGGCAACACCCUCUGGCAGCAAGCAGAGCAUUUUCCAGUUGCUCAGUUUCUCCUCCAAUCACAGCAGCAUCACUGAGGUGCAGUGCUGCUACCUCAUGGCACUCGUCCAUGCUGUUUGGUACCAUGCGAGUGUCGGCCAGAUCAGCCAGAUUCCACAGAUCAUGCGUGACCGGUUCAAACCAGUGGUCAAAACUGAGGAGCAGUUUCUUUUCCUGUGCCACCUGGUAGCCCCAUUCUUCCAGCGCAUGGGCAGCGAGAGGUCACGGAUUGUCAUGGACAUCACCAUGGAGCUGUAUGAAAUGCUGGAAAAUGUGGAUAAAAAUUGUGAGCAGCUGAACUAUAUUGAUCAGAUCACUGAUCUCCUGUACCACAUCAAGUACAUGUUCACUGGAGACUCCAUCAAGACAGAGAUUGAGAGGAGCAUCCGCAACCUGCGGCCAGCCUUGCAGCGUCGGCUCCGCUUCAUCACCCACCUCAACAUCGAGGAGACAGCUGCUUCAGGAAUGAGUGACGAAAGGCACACUAAGAACAAACACUUAACUAACUUGGACUUGUAGAUUAUUUUUUCAGAACUCCAUUUGUGCAUUUUUUGGGGUGGAAGAAAGGUUGCGAGAGACGGGGUCAAACUUCCUGUCCUGAACUUUUUGCCCUAAUGCAUUGUUGAUGAUGUCAUGUCAGUGUCACAGAUUUCGCAGUAUCCUGUUUUGGCAUGUCACGUCGUAGUGACAAGUGCCAGCCAGUCGGCAGGCAGGCGAAAAACCAAGUCGAAGGGAAACUCUUCAUUGGGAUAGCUAUAAGCACAGUCAGGUGUUGUCGAAACUAAUGAUCUGACUACCAUUUUGUACCCUGUUUAUAGGGGAGUCAUUGUACACGUUAUAUUACUUUGAGGUAACAGCACAAGUCAGAGAAUGGGCUAGAAUUAUCCCUACACACUGGCACGAUGGGCCUGCCUUUCUACAUGUGGCUAAAGCACUCAAGGUGCACUAACUCUGAUAUUGCAAGCACGAAUUGAGCUACGGAAUAAUUCUGUGAUAAUGCAUAUCUCGUUUUUUCUGAUAAAACGUACAUGGCAACAUAUGUACGCUUUCUGAGCUGGGUACAUUCACAAAAUUUGCUUGUUGGAAUUUAUCUUCAGUUCCAAGUGCAGUCCAACCUUGUUUUUGUUGUAAAUAAAUUAAAUACAUAGCGCUAAACAUUUGCUGCCAAUUGCUGUGAUGGCACGAGAAGCUGACACGAGGAUUUCAAUGUUUCUAUACUGCCCGUCUAUCCUUCUUAUGCACUUUCUGUCAUACCAAGUUCAUUCACUGUUGUAAUGACCUAUUCCAUUCCGGGUAUGUACUCUGUCAGUCUAGGUUAAUUUAAUAUUUCUUGUUAGUGUCUCUUUAAGAGGAAUCUUUAUCGUAAGCCCACCUCCAAUUUUCUUGCUCCAAUAACAUGAAAUUUAUCUCACUUUUCUGCUGAAUUGAUUUGAAUUAAAUUUGUUUGCAUUCAAAGGAUCAAGUUUACGACUAAAUCUAUUUUCAGAACAGAUGUCACAGUUCUGUAAAGUGAAUCUGUUAGAGCACUUGUAGCAGGCACAUUUAAUAUAAAUUACAUGAAAUCGUGGCUUUCUUUAUGGGAAUUUGCGAUUCCUGCUCACGAAUUAUCAUUUCUAUGUCAAUUGAAGUCAAGUUUUUAGAUAGGUAAAAGCCAAAUGAAAUGAAAUUUUGGUAUGCAUAAUAAGCGUAGCUUUACAUAGUGUAGUCAGAGUGCCCUCCGUGCAAUAUUUUAACUUUUAGAAGCUAACACAAAUUUGUAUUCUUGAUAUCAAAAUUGUAAAAAAAAAACUCUGCUGUUAACAUUUGUUGGAAGUGACACAGGACUCGUAAUGUUGAACACCAGCUGUUGAGAAUGUUGAAGUUAGGUGGUGCUUAUGGCAUGCUGAAUAUGUUGGCGGCCAUAAUCUGAGAUUUCUGUCACAUCUGCUAACCACCAGGUUUCUAUUUCAUCUGCAUAUGUGCUAAUUAAAAGCUGUUAAUAGGAAAAUUUGACAAUUUUCUACCCUGCAGCGUUGCCAAAAUUGCUUCAAGAGUAUGUGCUACACAUUUAUGACAUAUUUAGCCAAAUGAAAUUCCUUUGGAAUUGGCCUCUGAGCUGCAAGCACUGAUGGUGCCUCUAAGAUUCUGCUUGAGGACCAUGACUAUGUCAUUACAGUAAAGGGCUGACCGAUUGUGAAGUGUGCCUGUUAAGCCUGACUGGUACUGUCACACCACCUGUGCAUCGCGAAACAUCAUUGGCAAACUAGAUAGUGGUGCAUUUCAUGCAUAGAAUUAGAACUGAGGACAGAUGUUGUGUAACACAAAUUGAGAAGCAGUCUCAUGAUGAUUAUGUAGAUGGCAAGCGAGCUUUUGAAGUGUCAUGCGCGACCACUAGAAGAUUUGUGAGCAGCAUGAUGCAUAUGAGAAUGUACAGCUCUUUACUUUUGUUGAUACUCUGAUCAUCUUACAUCCAAGGAAAGUUCAUCCUUGAAGCUUACAAUUUCUGGUUAGUAUAAGCUUAAAUUCAAGUAGAUAAAAUAUUGCUCAUAACAUAUCAAUUUUGUUCACCUUAAAUGACUGAGUAGACUGUUCACGCAAUUGUGUUUCUUUUUUGAAGUUCCAGAGUUGCGAAUGUUAUGCUUCUUAUUUUUAAAUUUCAUUUAUAGCAAUUUUGCUUGAACAAUUUGGGCAGAAAUGAGUCUGCCAUCAGCAAUUGCCACAUUUUAACUUCAGUCAACUGUAAUAAAUACAAUUCAAAUUAGUAUAGCUUGUGCUUAAGGAGUGCAUGUGUGCGUUUCAUGUGUGUUUGAACAAGUAAAUCAGGGCUGGGUCCCAAGCUAAAGCUCUCUCUCAUAGAUUAUUCAACUUUUCAUCUUGUGAAAUGCAUCUUUCAUCCUUGUUCUGCGCUUCCUGUGUGCAUCUCUUGUGUAAAUGAUUGUUGGUUUGUAAAGCACAGUUAACUGCAUGUGCAUAAGGCUGGCGGCACAUAGUGCCUGUACUGGUUCUUAAUAAAUGAAAUUCUUUUAUACUAGUC